AUGAGUUCUCCUGAAGAAUACGACAAGAUGACUAAGGAGGAGCGUGAGGCGAAGGACAAGGCCGAACGUGCGCGGGAGGCGGAGGAGCAGGCUGCAUUGCCGUAUAAGUGGAAGCAGGAGCUCGGAGAGCUCGACAUCAUCGUUCCAGUACCGAAAGGGACGCGCGGAAGGGACGUCAACGUACUGAUUCAGAAGAAAAAACUCAGCGUUGGGCUCAAAGGCAAGGAGCCCAUUAUGGCAGGCGAGUUGUACAAGGAGAUCAAGGUCGAGGAGAGCACUUGGACCGUUGAGGACCAGGAAGCGGUUCAUGUCCACCUUGAGAAGAUAAACAAGCAGCAAUGGUGGGAGAACGUCCUGACACACCAUCCCAAGAUCGAUACGUCCAAGAUUCAACCUGAGAACAGCAAGCUCAGUGAUCUGGAUGGCGAGACGAGGGGAAUGGUUGAGAAGAUGAUGUUCGACAAUCAGCAAAAGCAAAUGGGCAAGCCGACAUCUGACGAACUUAAGAAGAUGGAGACUCUCAAGAAAUUCCAGGAGAUGCAUCCAGAGCUCGACUUCUCCAACGCAAAGAUUGCAUAGGCUGCUAAGCAUCUCUAACAGUUCCUCAAGUGCACAACAGACAAGGAAG